UUGAUUGGUUGAAGGAGUACGUUACGUCACGCGCUUCCGCGGAAGUAACGAGGAUUGGAAAAUAGAGGUUAUAAUAUGCAGCAUUGACCACAGCGGGUUAAGGAGAGAUUUACCUGGAAAUACAGUAAGAGUGCAGCCAUGAGCUGAGGCUCCCCAAACCCGCCUUUCUCGAUGAUGAACGACAAGCUGGUGUUUCUGGGUCUCCUUUACUUCAUCCAGGGCAUUCCAUAUGGCCUGCAGUCAUCCCUGCUCCCAGUGUACCUGCGCGGUGCCGGUCACUCCCUCACCCGAAUCAGCCUCACCAAAAUCCUCUACUUCCCCUGGGUGCUCAAGGUGCUCUGGGCCCCUCUGGUGGACCGGACUGGCACCAAGCGCUGCUGGUUGGUGGGCACGGUGGCUGGUCUGGCCCUCACCUGUUUGGUGAGCGCUACUAUUUCACCUGAUGUCCAGUACAUGGUUGUAGCGGGCUCCCUGCUUGCCAUGAACUUGCUGGCAUCCGUGCAGGACAUUGCAGCUGACGGGGUGGCCGUGCGGCUGCUCAGGGGGCAGGGGGAGCUGGGUUUGGGGAACACUGUGCAGGUGGUAGGGUAUAAAGCUGGGUCUGUGUUUGCUGGAGGGGGGCUGCUGGCUGUGAUUGAUGUUGCAGGCUGGGGCUGGAUGUUCACACUGCUGGCCUGUGUGUACGGUGGUGUUGCUCUGUUUGUGUGGGGCGCCCCUGUGUUGGACGGAGAGUCGGCGCGGGGACAGGGAGAAGGACGGAGAGGGCCAAAGGAUGUGAUGCAGCCCUGGAAGGUGUGGAGGAAGCUCUUGUCUGUGCCAGGAACGACAUGGACAAUGUUCUACGUCCUCACUUACAAGCUAGGCGAACAGGGGGCUAUCACCAUGUUUCCUCUCUUCCUGCUGGACCACCACAUGACUGCCAGAGAGCUGGGGGUGUGGAACGGCAUGGUUGCCAUGGCAUUUUCCAUCUGCGGCUCAUCAAUUGGGGGCUUCUUGCUCUCUCAGUACAGUAUUGGCCUGCUGAUGAGACGUGUGUUUAUGAUCCGGACUAUCAGCAUGGUCUUUCAGAGCUCACUUCUCGUAGUGCUGGAGCCCUCGCCCUUGAUGAAAGGUAUGGCAGUGCUGAGUCUGAGUUUGCAGCAUUUCAUAGCGGGUCUUAUCACCACUCUCACUUUCACCACGAUGAUGAACUGCACACAGAGAGCUGAGGAGAGCAUACAGGCCACCCACUACAGUUUUCUGGCCACUCUGGAGGUCCUGGGGAAACUGAGUUUUAGUGCCCUGGCUGGAGGUAUGGUGGACACUGUGGGCUUUCCCAUAGCCUUCAUCCUCUUCCUCUUCCUCACCUCCAGCAGUGCACUGCACGUGUGGAGAGCCACAGAGACUGGCGUCCUGAAGGAGCAGCUUAAAGGCCAGCCACUGUGACCAGUGUGAGCCUAAAAGAGGGCCGAGUGAGUUAAUGUCUGGGUAAAAGAGAGCGAGAUUGAAUCUUAUGUUUAGAAUAAGAUACUGGUGACCAAAUAGACAGACAAGCAAAUAUGUUGUUUUUAUUUGUAUUAAUUUGACACAACCAGCAUUGUCCUAGACAAAAGCCACAUGCGCACUGCACUCUCAGUACCUCUCUGAAAAACACUGCAAAUGUUUAACAGCUACAUAUAGUCAACUAUUUAAAGGUACUUGCUUUUAUAAAACAAGUCAUCCUGAAUGGCAAGCAGACUGAGCUAUGGCAACACUGUGAACAUGCCAUGUAGUCUGUCUGAAGGACAACAGUUAUUCAUUAAAAAAACAAAUGGUUUAUCCAUUAUGUUUGCUAUAAUGGACACUGCUAAAUGUGUAAUUCAACAGAAUUGUAAUCGUUAUAAAAGGUUAAAGCUUGUUUAAGGGUCUAGUAUAGUUUGGUUUAGUUUUACACACCCUAGUAGUCAUUUACACAUUUCCUUAUAUGCAGCAUGUAUUCAUCUUAGAAAUGCCUUUAGUUUUUAACCGCAGACACCAUUCAGCUUAAUGACCAAUCAGCAGCAUGCUGGAUUUUAUGAAUCGCUUGACUUUAGAGUCAUGCAAAUUUGGCAGGAGUAUGAACAUUGAAUUAUGGUUCUACCAGAAAGACUCGGGAGAUCGAAUGAUGUAACAAAGCAUUAAUUUAUUGACAGCCCAGCAAGCAAUUAUUUACAAAGUUCUUUGGCGUAGGCCCCGUCCGUAGUGCAUAAUCCG